GGGGGGCUGUCCCGCGGCGCGACCCUGGCGGUGCGGCUGUGACCCCGCGCGAGCUGCAGCGGUGCCCCCGGUGCCAUGAGGAGCCUCGUGCUGCUGUGCCUGGCGCUGGCUGCAGCCCGGCAGCCGUGUCCUGAUGGGCAGCCCUGCCCUGCCCCCCCGGUGGUGCCCGCCAGCAGCGCGGGGCUGUGCCAGGAUGGCUCGCCGUGCCCCGCCACAGCCUCAUGCCCGCUGCCAGGGGACGUGCCCUGUGCCCACGGGCACCGCUGCUGCCCCCGAGGCUCCCGCUGCAGCGCCGACGGCGCCUCCUGUGUCACCUCCCCUGCCCCUCGUGCCAUCCCCUGCCCCGAUGGCCACUCGGAGUGCCCGGACGAUGCCACGUGCUGCGUGACGGAGGGCGGCGCGUGGGGCUGCUGCCCCAUGCCCCAGGCCUCGUGCUGUGCCGACAAGGUGCACUGCUGCCCCCACGGCACCACCUGCGACCUGGCACACGGGCGCUGCGUCUCGCCCGCCGGAGCCCUGCCCAUGGGCACCACCUUCCCCGCCUGGAAGCGCCAGUCCCCGGCCUCAGUGGUGCUGCGCCAGGUGCUGUGUCCCGACGGGCGCUCGGCGUGUCCCGACGGUGCCACGUGCUGCCGCCUGCCCACGCGCCACUUCGGCUGCUGCCCGCUCCAGAACGCCGUGUGCUGCGGGGACGGGCUCCACUGCUGCCCCCAGGGCACAACCUGCGACCUGGAGCGUUCCACCUGCACCUCAGCAAAGCCCCUGGCACUGCUGCCCAAAGGGCGGGACGUGCGCUGUGACGACCAGACGAGCUGCCCCGAUGGGAACACGUGCUGCCGCCUCAGCUCCGGGGCCUGGGGCUGCUGCCCGCUGGAGCAGGCCGUGUGCUGCCCCGACCACGUGCACUGCUGCCCCCAAGGCUUCACGUGCGACCCCGAGGGGGGCAGCUGCCUGCAGGCGGCGGCCGGGGAGCGGCGGCCGUGGCUGCGCAAGAGCCCGGCGCUGAGCAGCACCCGGGCUGGGGGCGUCAGGUGUGACCAGGAGACCAGCUGCCCCGAUGGCAGCACGUGCUGCCGCCUCAGCCUGGGCACCUGGGGCUGCUGCCCGCUCGAGCAGGCCGUGUGCUGCCGGGACCACGAGCACUGCUGUCCCCAGGGCUACACCUGCAACGAGGCUGCCCAGAGCUGCGAGAAGCUGCUGCUGCCCACCCCUGUGCUGCUGCCCACCCCUGUGCUGCUGCUGCCCACCCCUGUGCUGCUGCUGCCCACCCCUGUGCUGCCAGCCCCCCGCCCAGCCGGGGUCCCCAUGGCGCUGCGAGCCCCCGGGGCCGUGCCCUGCGAUGCCACCCGCUCCUGCCACAGCGGCCAGCGCUGCUGCCGUGCCCCGGGGGGGGCCUGGGGGUGCUGCCCCUUCCCGCAGGGCUCCUGCUGCUCCAACGGCCGCCACUGCUGCCCAGGGGGGUCCCGCUGCCUGGCGGGGGGCUGGGGCUGCAGCCCCCAGCGCUGGGACCUGCCCCCUCCCCGCAGGGGCUUGCUCUGAUGGCUCCAGAGUCACCCUCAGCCCCCCAGCCCAGCCCAGCCCUGGGAGACGCCGCUUCAAUAAAAGGUUUCUAGGAUAA